AUGGAUGCUAGGGACAGUUCAGAGGAGAACCUCACGGCCGGGGCGGAGGACAGGGACUCGAACCUGGCGUUCCAGGCGGGUGUGGCGGUCACCUUAGCGCUCAUCACUUUCGCCACGACGCUUUCCAACGCGUUCGUCAUCGCCACCAUCUACCAGUCCCGCAAGCUGCACACCCCGGCGAACUUUCUGAUCGCCUCCCUGGCGCUCACGGACCUGCUGGUGUCCAUCCUGGUGAUGCCCAUCAGCGCGCUGUACACGGUGAGCCAGACCUGGAACCCUGGGAGGUUGAUGUGCGACAUCUGGCUCUCCUCGGACAUUACGUGCUGCACCGCCUCCAUCCUCCACCUGUGCGUAAUUGCGCUGGACCGCUACUGGGCCAUCACGGACGCGGUGGAGUACUCCAAGAAGCGCACGCCGGGGCGCGCGGCCGGGAUGAUCGCCACCGCCUGGGUCAUCGCCAUCUCCAUCUCCCUGCCGCCCUUCUUCUGGCGCCAGGUGAAGGCGGAGGAGGUGACGAGCUGCAACGUGAACACGGACCACAUCUUCUACACCAUCUACUCCACCUUCGGCGCCUUCUACAUCCCCACUCUGCUGCUCAUCGCGCUGUACGGGAGGAUCUACGUGGAAGCCCGCAAGCGCAUCCUAAAGCAGUCGCACAAGAAGCCGGGGAAGAGGCUCACCUCCGCGCACCUCAUCACCAACUCGCCCGGGUCGGUGGCCUCCACCACGUCCCUCAACUACGGCACCAACGACGCCUCCUCCUGCGACACUACCUCCUCGUGCGCCAACGUGAGCCAAGUCAAAGUCACUGUGUCCGACGCGCUGCUGGAGAAGAAGCGCAUCUCCGCCGCCAGGGAGAGGAAGGCCACCAAGACUCUGGGCAUCAUCCUCGGAGCCUACAUCAUCUGCUGGCUGCCCUUCUUCAUCUACACGCUGCUAGUGCCUGUGUGCGAGUCCUGCUUCCACCCGGAGCUGUUCGACAUCUUCACCUGGCUGGGUUACCUCAACUCCCUCAUCAACCCCAUCAUCUACACCAUGUCCAACGAGGACUUCAAGCAGGCCUUCCACAAACUGAUCCGGUUCAGAUGCUGCAGGGCCUGAAGGGCCGUCAGCAGCCAGCACACGCACACAGACACACACACACACACACACACAACCUCCUCCAAUCAUUUGUAAAAUGUCAGAACCUUCUGCAUCAGCUGGUUUUCACUGAGGACAACAUCAGCAACAUCUGGAUUGUUGACGACUCAACGCUUUGU